AAUGUCACGUGGAAGAGUCUUGCUCCGGAAAGACACAGCGCUGCUCUCUCGCCUGUUUGUGCUUUUAUUGCGUUCCUGUGUGUUUAUUUGUUUAUUUCCAUUUUCUGGAUUGAGAAAAAAAUGAACCGAAAAGAUGAAUAUGAUUCUUACGAGAUUGAGGAGCCGAGUGAUGAAGAAAGAGCAGUCAGCUCCGAAGAUGAGCUCGACAUUCUUCUUAAUGGAACUCCAGAUCAGAAGAAGAAGCUCAUCCGAGAGUAUUUGACGGGGGAGAGUGAGUCAUCCAGUGGUGAUGAGUUUGAGAAAGAGAUGGAGGCAGAGCUGAGCAGCACAAUGAAAUCCAUGGAGGGCAACUGGACCUUUCCAUCUUCUCAAGGCGAGGCCUCUCAGACUGGUGACAAUGCUUCAACACAAAACACGACCAGAACACAACCUCCGCAGUACGAUAACAUAUACUUUGAUUCAGAUUCAGAUGAGGAUGCUUUGCCCGGUGUCUCCAAGAAUCAGAGGAGAAAGCAGCGCACUGUACUUACCAAUGAUGAGUUAUUAUAUGACCCAGAUGAAGAUGAUCGGGAUCAGGCGUGGGUAGAUGCCAGGAGAAAAGAGUACAGAAGCCACAGAAGGUUUAGAUCAUCUGCAGACAAAAGAAACAAAUCCCACCCCCUCCCAAGCAGUGAUGCUGUCCUCAACUGUCCUGCGUGUAUGACUACGCUAUGUCUAGACUGUCAGAGACAUGAGAAGUAUAGAACGCAAUACAGAGCCAUGUUUGUGAUGAACUGUACAGUGAGUAAAGAUGAAGUCCUGAGGUAUAAAGCAGCCAAACAGAAGAACCGACGCAAGAAGAAAAGCCAUCAGGGGUCCACAGCUACAGAGAAUGAGGCAGAGGCAGGUCUGACUGACUCCAGACUGAGUGGAAUGGACGAGGAAGAGAUUUAUCAUCCAGUCAAGUGUACAGAGUGUUCUACUGAAGUGGCAGUGUUUGAUAAAGAUGAGGUCUACCAUUUCUUUAACAUCCUAGCAAGCCAUUGCUGAGUGGAUGAUGUGUGUGUGCUAAAAGACUCUGGCUGAUGCCCCUUUUCCUAAAGUCACUGUAUGGAGGGUAAUAUUGAAACACAGGUGAGAAUGUGGGGAUGUUUUAGAAGAUCUCUGUACUUAUGCACAUUUAUGUAAAUUAUCUGUAAUUUUUGAUUUAAGAAAAGUGGAUUUCCUUUUUUUUUUUUUAAUUUACAGAUACAUUUCAUAUAGUUUUACUUUGGUUUAAAAAAAGUAGAAUCACCUAUUCCAAACCAUGAUAAGCAAGAGGAAGUUUGUGUCUAUUCUGGCAUUAUUUGAAUAAAUCUUUUUGGGGACUGCUAUUUUAAAAAAAACGUUUUUUUUUGUUUUUUUUUAUGGAAAAUUACAGCUAGGGUUGGAUUCAACUGUGAAUCUGAACUCAUGGAUUAUCAGCUAGCUGUUGAUCUCUGUUUAAGGAAGCACUGGAUUGUGCUGGACACAUUACUUCGAGUUCAGAUAAGAAUUAUUUAUCUGAAAAUCUUCCAGAAUUAAAAUAGUUCCCCAAGAUCACUUUCA